UUCUCGAUUGACUGUUAUUCAGGCAACAAUGAUGAGGUUCCCGAUACUUCUACUCGCGACACUUUGUUUCUCCUCCGGAGUACUUGGAAAACAAGGAUUCGGCCCUGGAGAACAAGAUUGGGGCUAUGCGAAAGUACGUCCCUUUUCGAACAUGUUUUGGUGGCUGUAUUAUACAACAGCAAAUGUAUCCUCUUUCACUGAGAAACCAUUGAUCAUCUGGCUGCAAGGUGGACCUGGUGCAUCCUCCACUUCCUAUGGAAACUUCGAGGAACUGGGAUCACUGGACGUGAAUCUGAAACCGAGGAACACCACUUGGGUCAAGGAAUACAACGUCCUCUUCAUCGACAAUCCCGUUGGAACUGGCUUCAGUUACACCACCUCUACGGCAGGAUAUACCACCACGAAUGCACAAAUUGCUCAAGAUCUCUUGGAGUGCAUUAAAAGUUUCCUUCAACGGUUGCCAGAAUUCUCCAAAGUACCUACCUAUAUUACGACCGAAUCUUAUGGAGGAAAAAUGGGCGCAGAAUUUGCUCUAGUAUGGUACAAGGCGCAACAACAAGGAACUAUUAACAGUAAUUUAAAGGGUGUUGCUCUUGGUGACGCCUGGAUCUCUCCUAUCGAUUCCGUGAUGACUUGGGCGCCCUUCUUGCUCGCCACGGGCAUGGUCGACACGAAUGGUUUCAAAAAAGUCGAACAUGCCGCCAACAUGACGAAAGAUGCUGUGAAGCUUAAUGAAUGGAGGACAGCGACUAAAUUGUGGUCUUACACGGAAGGUGUGAUCGCUGAAGUCACCAAUAAUAUCGACUUCUACAAUAUUCUGACGAAAAUGGAGCCCAAUUAUCACAAGCAAUACUCGCUUAUAAAGAAACUUUCGUCGGAACCGACAUUUGCACAAAUGUAUGCGACCUAUAGCGAUGCUUCUUUGAGUAAAUUGAUGAAUGGUCCUGUAAGAUCCGCUCUCAAACUGCCCGUAGCACAUGGCGUACAGUCUAACGUGGUAGUCAGCAAAUUGCAAGAGGAUUUCAUGAAACCUGUCGUUAAUAUAGUGGAGAGUCUACUUAAUGAAACUAGUCUGAAGGUAGUAGUUCUCUCCGGCCACAUGGAUCUCAUCGUAGACACUCCAGGCACUCUUUGCUGGGUUGAGAAAAUGAAAUGGAAGAACGCCGCUUCCUGGCAUGCCUCCACUAGGAAUCCCUUGGUGGUGAAAGACAAUAUCGAAGGCUACGUAAAGUCUCAUGGCAAUUUCGCCAUGUACUGGGUCGAAAGGGCUGGACAUAUGGUGCCAAAGGAUAAUCCAGCUGCAAUGAGCAAGAUCCUGAAAGAGUUUACAAGCUAAUAACCAAGAGAUUAACAUAAAAAUUAUAUUAACAAACAAUACAAAACAA